CCCAAUCUCUCUCUCUUCUACUCUCUACGGUUUGUUUUCUUCAUCUUCUUUCACCAAUCCCCACUUUAUCUCUCUUCCCACUCUAUUUCUCUCUUCUACUCCAUCCUGUUCAUCUUUUUCAUCUUCUUUCAAUUUUUUCACACAUCUUCUUUCAUUUUUUUAAUAGGAAAGUCUUUCAAUUUCAAUGGAAACAGAGGAUAUAUAUAUCUUCUCUCUAUUAUUCCUGAAACUCCUCUUGAACAUCUUCAAGAUGCUUCUGGUGGCGGAUUGAACUGCAUGCAAGGAGAGUUGUGCUGUCCUUAGUUGUAUUGGGAAAAUGAAUGUGCCGUCCUUUUUUGUAUUGGGAAAAUGAAUCAGCUCCAUCCCUUAACUUUAUUGGUAUUCUUUAUUGCUUUUAAACUAGGGGUUUUUUUGGAAACUUUAUGUAUUUCUAAUUAGUUUUAAAUAGGCGUGCAAAGUCAACUCGGGAAGAAAAUUACCGGACGGAAGGAGUAUCUUUUCAGAAGAUUUAGAAAAUAAGGAUAAAAAAUAAUGGCACCUACUACCUACCAAAACGAGAAGCCGCUGUCCACGGCUUACCUCCGCCUACAAAUACCGUGUCUUAUCCGCCCCCCUCCUCCUAAAUCCUAAUCCUUUGUUUCUUUCCAUUCUUUCAUCGAAAUUAUCAAAGGCGGCCUCUUUUCUCCUUCUUCCGAUCUAACAGUUUGAAGCCUGUUCUCUCCAUCUUCACAUUCCUUUUUUUUCCGGGUUGAUUGUUCAUUCGUAUAUAUCAAUGUACAUCAAACUAUGCUUACUUUUUGACAACCCGACGUAGAUUUCUCCAUCCCAGAUAUGAAAUCUGUCCUAAUGCGUCGAAUCCGUAUCCUCCACUCUUUCUCAGUUGUCUUUCUUUACUGGUUCUACGUGUUCUCACUCCUCGUUAACUGAACUGACCCUCCUUUAGUACUCUUUCUUUCUUUCUUUCUUUCUUCCCUGUUAUAAAAAUCCCUAAUAUCUUCCUCCCUCAAUCUGCUGUUAAAUUACAAAUAGUUGACCCAAUCCUACAAUAAAAAAAAAUCUUGUUACUGGAGAGACGAAGCAAUGGCUUCUUCCAUGCAACAUCAGCCCGCAAGCUCUAAUUCAUCAUCUGAUGUGGACCAACGCUAUGCCAUGUAUGAUGAAAAGAAGAGGAAGAGAAUGAUAUCAAAUCGCGAGUCGGCGAGGAGGUCCAGGAUGAGGAAACAACAGCACGUCGAGGAAUUGUGCGCCCAGAGAGCUCUGCUGCAGAAGGAGCAGAUUGCUUGCAACCAGAAAAUCGACGCAGUCUCUCAAGGGCUUGCAGCGAUUUCUGCUGAGAAUGAUGUUCUGAGGGCUCAAUGUGCAGAACUGGCUGACCGGUUGCAGUCAAUGAAUGCCAUCCUCCAACUCUGGGCCGAUGUUAAUGAGACUGUGGUGGAUAUCCCCGAGAUUCCUGAUGUCUUGCUCGAGCCAUGGCAGCUGCCUUGCCCAACACUGCCCAUUGUUGCUUCUGCUGAUAUGCUCCAGUUCUAGGCUUCUUCUCCUAUGUGACUAUGUCAUUUAUUCCAUUAUUAGUCCAUUGUUGUCGUUGAUUGUUACUUAUCUUUGUGUUUCAUUUGGUUCGGUGUCUCUCCCCAGUAAUCUCCUCUAAGGGGUAUCUUGUUGUGCAUAGAUUUGGUUUUUCUUGGGUUUUUGUUGUGAAGUGUGAACUUCAUGCAAUAGGAUUGUCUAUUUUGUGGCAAUAAACUUUAAAAUUCUAGUUGUCUUUGAAGUUACUCUUACUCUUGCAAAAUACAAUGUAUGGUAAAGA